UUUUGGCGUGUUCACACUGUUUUUGGGGUGUUCACACCGUUUUUGGGGUGUUCACACCGUUUUUGGGGUGUUCACACCGUUUUUGGGGUGACUCCGGCCUUGACCCGAGCGCUGCUGCGGCACCGAGGCCGGGGUGGUUUCUGUCCUCGUGGAAAAAGCUCAGAGUGUUCCUGGAACAGCAGUGACAGGACAAGGAGUGACGGGUACAGAUUGCAGGAGGGGAAAUUCAGGUUGGAUGCUGGGAAGGAGUCCCGUGCUGUGAGGGUGGUGAGAACCCCUGGAACAGGCUGGGGAUGCCCCGACUCUGGAAGUGUUCCAGGCCAGGCUGGAAUGAGGGGGAUCAGUGGGAGUUGUGGUGGAGGGGCUGGGACCAGACGGUCCUUAAGGUCCCUUGCAACCCCUUAACCCUCCAUGGUUUCUGGAUCCCUGGCUUUUCCCGAGUGUUUCUGAGCCCUGACUGGUGGUUUUGUUCCCUCUGUGGUCCCCAGUACAGCGCCGUGGACAGCAACCCCCUGUCCCUGUACGUGAUGCACCCCUUCUGGAACACCAUCGUCAAGAUCUUCCCCACCUGGCUGGCCCCAAACUUGAUAACCUUCUCUGGCUUCCUGCUCCUCGUCUUCAACUUCUUCCUCAUGGCGUACUUCGACCCGGACUUCUACGCCUCCGCUCCUGAUCACCAGCACGUUCCCAACGGAGUGUGGAUCGUCGUGGGGCUCCUCAACUUCAUGGCCUACACGUUAGACGGGGUGGACGGGAAGCAGGCGCGUCGCACCAACUCCAGCACCCCCCUGGGAGAGCUCUUCGACCACGGGCUGGACAGCUGGGCCUGCGUGUACUUCGUGGUCACCGUCUACUCCACCUUCGGCCGCGGCUCCACCGGCGUCAGCGUCUUCGUGCUCUACCUCCUGCUCUGGGUGGUCUUGUUCUCCUUCAUCCUCUCCCACUGGGAGAAGUACAACACGGGCAUUCUCUUCCUGCCCUGGGGAUAUGACAUCAGCCAGGUGACCAUUUCAAUUGUCUACAUAGUGACAGCCUUUGUGGGAGUUGAGGCCUGGUAUGCACCUUUCCUGUUUAAUUUCUUAUAUAGAGACCUAUUCACUGCAAUGAUUAUUGCCUGUGCUCUCACUGUGACGCUGCCCAUGAGCCUCCACAACUUCUACAAGGCCUAUAAAAACAACACCCUGAAGCACCACUCUGCGUAUGAAAUCCUGCUGCCCCUCGUGUCCCCAGUGCUGCUCUUCCUGCUCUGCACCACCUGGGUCUUCCUGUCCCCCACGGACAUCCUGGAGGUCCAGCCCAGGCUCUUCUACUUCAUGGUUGGAACAGCCUUUGCCAACAUCUCUUGCCAGCUGAUCGUGUGCCAGAUGAGCAGCACGCGGUGCCGGCCCCUGCACUGGAUGCUGGUGCCCAUCGCCGCCGCGCUGCUGCUCGUGCUGUCGGGGCUGGCAGCCCGGGCCGAGGCGCUGCUGCUCUACCUGCUGACGGCCUUCCUCACCCUGGCACACGUCCACUACGGCGUCGUCGUGGUGAGCCAGCUGAGCAGGCACUUCAACAUCCGGCCCUUCUCCCUCAAGAAGCCCACGCCGGACUGACUGGGGCUGGAGGAGGAGCGAGCGGGCCUGCGCGCCGCAGAGGGACUGUAAAUACCUGCUGCCCACCCCUGUAAAUACUCCGGUCCCCACAGACCCCCCCAGCUCCCCCCUGGACGGGCACAGGGCCGGGACACGCUGCCCGGGCAGGGCUGGAGCGGGAGGAGCCCCGCAGGUCACCGCUACUGUAUCUCAGACCAGCUGAAUGUUCCCGGGAAAACCAGCCCGGCCCUUGCUCAGGUAAAGCUGCUUGGGGGUGCAAAGGCUUUACCUGAGCAAAGCCCCGGGGCCUGGCACCAAAACCAACACGGGGCUCUCUUCUCCCAGGUCAGGGGGAUGUGCUGGUGGGCAGGGGGGAGUGCCUGGCUGUCCCUGACCCUGCUGGACAGCCCCUUGUCCUGGCUGUCCCUGACCCUGCUGGACAGCCCCUUGUCCUGGCUGGUACCUCUAGAGCAGAUGGGGACAGCUCUGCCUUCCUGAUUUUGGGGCAAAUAUUGCACCUUUUUGGUUUUUUUUGGGGGGGGAAACCCCAGACACACACAAAACUUGCAGUUAAAUCCUGGUUGGGGAAUGGGGAAAAAUUCUCUGUAGGAGUGGGACUGUGGCUUCUGCCUGCCCUGCUCGAGCUGUGGGUGCCUGGGCCCACACCUCAGCCGUGUUUCUGCCUGUCCAUGGAUGCUCCCAGUCCAGGAGUGGGCUCUGGGCUCCACAGGCAGUGUCUGAGGCCCCAGAGCUGAGCUCCCACGUCCUCCAGCCCAGCAGGACUUUGCAGUUGAGGUCGCUCCGCGGGUCCUGGGCUGCCUGAGCCGCCUCUCCCCCAGCCAGGCACAGCCUGGCCCUUCCCUCCAGCCCUUCCAGCGCCUGGAGAAGCCCUCAGAGCCUCGUGUUGGUUGUGUGUGCACCUUCAGAGCCCUCCCGGGAUGGGAGGGGGGGUGUGGUGGGACCCCUCCCAACCCCCACUGUCCGUCUGUCCCCAGCGUGUCCCAUCCAGGGGUCUCUUUGUUUACUGUCCGCUUGUCCACGACGUGAGUGUGCACCGACCCGGUUUUCUAAUUUGUUUUUAUAAUAACUGAGUUCGAGUGGGGUGGUGAAGACUGAAUGCCGAUUUUUCCCUCUCCUGUUGGCUCGAUUUUACUGAAGACCUGUGCUUGAAUGAAGAGUGUAGCUUAAAGCCAGGCUCUGGACGGGCUGCAUCCGGAAGCGAACGAGCACGGCAGAUUGUGCAGGUGUAAAACUGCCAUGGGAACAAAGUCCUCCAGACUCUUUGAUUAUUGCGCAACGUGUGGGGGGCGUUAACAGCUCGGUCGGAGCGUUCUCCUCCCGCGGGAGGAGCCUCCUGCCGCGUUAGGAACCCUCCGAGGUGUAAAGUUCCAGCAGCUGAGGAGCCGCUGUCUGAUGGGUUCUCUUUUGUAACUUGGAAUCACUGUCAGCGCAGGCGACCCCGCCUGAGACCCUGAGGCUGAGCCCGUGAGGUCGGGGGUGGUUUGGUCAGCCCUCGGUCACGGUACGGCCUGGGAGGAGCAACUGGGGCCUCCCCCUGGGCUGAGGAACGGGCAGGUACCUCCUCCUGGGGUGAGAAAUGGGCAGGUAC